AUGUCGUCUCUCUGGGAUACCUUUUCUGGUCGCAAGUCCUCUCAGAAGGACGCGAGCGCCUCGCACACCCCUACGCCUUCCCAGGAAACAUCAACUCUCCAUACUGCGCCCACCCAGUUCGACCCUUCAGCAGGAUCUGGUGUCGAGUCUUUCCUUCAGAGCUCUGCUUUCGCGGAUCCGGCGCAACUACACCCUCUGUCCGGUUUGAACAAGGACACCCUCGAAUACCUCUCUCUCGAAGAUGCCGCUCUGACUGAUGUGCCUGGCGGCCAAUCCGUCCUCCCAUCUCGGGGUUUCACGGAUGAUCUUUGCUACGGAACUGGUGUUACAUACCUGACGGCGUUGUCGAUAGGAGGAGCUUGGGGAUUGCAAGAGGGUCUCAGAAGGUCCGCUAACCAGCCGCCAAAGCUGCGUCUCAACUCUGUCCUCAACGCUGUCACCCGCCGCGGUCCUUUCCUCGGUAACUCGGCCGGUGUUGUUGCCAUCACCUAUAAUCUCUUCAACUCUGGUAUCGGCUACCUUAGAGGGAAGCAUGACGCCGCCAAUACUAUUCUGGCAGGCGCGCUAAGCGGAAUGGUCUUUAAGAGCACAAGAGGCGUGCGGCCUAUGUUGAUCUCUGGUGGCAUUGUUGCCUCUGUGGCCGGUGCUUGGGCUGUGGUUGUCCGCCAAACUUUCUUCGCCAUCCCAGAGCCUGCUACAUCCUCGGAGCACGCUCACUUGUAA